UCUAAGUUAAAUAGCGCCCUGCUAACCUGCUAAAGAACAAAACAUUCUAUAUAAUAACAAUAAAGAAUAAUUUUACUCAGUUGAAAUUUUACGUUUAGUGGGAGAACAUUCGCUUUAAAUUUUAUAUUGUUAGCAUAAAUAUGGCUAAUUAUGAGGGAUCGCCAGUAAAUGGAAACGAUAUACCAUUAUGGAUAAAGGUUUCCCUAUUCGAACCAGUUUUUAAACAAAUAGAACCUCAAUUUCAUCAAACGAAGAAUUUUAAAGCUAAACGAGCUUUAAGUGCUGGUGAAAAUUAUGCCACUAUUAUGCUACGUGUAGAGGCUGAAAUUGAAUUAAAGGAUGGCUCUUCAAAAUCUAUCACCCUAAUGUUAAAGACAGCUAAUAAUAAUGAAAUGUUUCGUGAAAUGAUGAAAAAUCAUAAUAUAUUUGAUGUCGAAGCUACGAUGUAUCGUGAUAUAGUGCCAGAAUUAGAACAAAUGUAUAAAGAUGUUGGGGUGGAAGUGAGAUUUGGUGCCAAAUCCUAUGAACUCUCCACCGAUCAACCUUAUAUACUUUUAGAGGAUUUGAAACCCAAAGGUUUUGAAAACGUUAAUCGUUUGGAAGGUUUAGACAUGGAACAUACUCAUUCAGUGCUUAACAAGCUGGCGCAAUGGCAUGCAGCUUCUGCAAAUCGUGUCGCUUUAAAGGGUCCCUAUGAUAGAAGUAUUUGUGAAGGAUAUGUCAAAGAAGAAACACGUGAUAUAACAGAAACUUUGUUUAGAAAUUUGUUUAAAGUCCAUUUAGAUUGCGCAAAGUCCUAUGACGGCCAUGAAUUAUACUAUGAACGUUUGCGGGAACAACUAGAUGGCAGAACCGAUGAACUCUAUGAUACCGCCAAGUUGGAUUUGAAUGAAUUUAAUGUUUUAAAUCAUGGUGAUUGUUGGUCCAAUAAUGUUAUGUUUAAGCAUGAUGCCUCUGGUAAAAUUAAAGAAACCUUUUUGGUUGAUUAUCAAAUACCUCGUUAUGGAACUCCUGCUCAAGAUUUAUACUAUUUUCUUCUAUCGUCUACAAAAUAUGAAUUGAAAAUUAAACACUUUGAUUAUUUCAUAAGGUAUUAUCACUCUGAGCUUUUGAAAAAUCUUAAAUUAUUGAAUUAUUUCAAAAAGUUACCCACUUUAUCUGAUAUUCACAUUAGUUUACACAAACAUCAUCCAUGGGCUUUAUCAACUGUAGUGGGUGUUAUGGCCGCAGUCCUUUUAGAUCCCAAUGACAAUGCAAAUUUUGACAAUUUUCUUGGUGACGAUGAUGCUGGCAUCAAAUUUAAAAUCCAAAUGUUUUCAAAUGCUCGUUAUCGUAAACAUAGUGAACUAAUUUUACCUUGGCUAUAUAAUCGUGGUGCUAUAUAGAAUCAUAAAAUACUUUUGAAUGUAUUUACUUCUGUAUAUAUGUAUGUACUUAUGUAAUUACUAUGUUAUUGUAUAUGUGCUAUUCGCGAAUUAAAAUACAUUUGGAACCCUUAGUCUAGCAUAUAGUCUGAUAUUUGAUACUUUAGUAUCUUUAGAAAAAUCGUUAAAUCAAAAUUUUAUGCAAGCCUAAGUGAUACAGACUCCCAUAGAAAGUCCCCCUUUAGAAAAUUAGCCUAAAUAUACAAUCAUCGCAAUGAAAUUAGAAAUAAAAUAGUUUUAUAUAAAAAAA